CAUUCAACAUGGCGCCUACAUGAAAGACGUUACGAGAACUGGACGGAUUUAAAGACAUUUUUGAGUGGAAAUGUAGGGUAAUCUGUGAUAUUUUACAACAAAUGACAAGAUGAGUGAAUGAGAGCCCACAUGUUCCAUGCAGGCCAAAAAACGUUACUUAUUUCUGGUUAUUCUCGCCAUUCUGUUAGUCAUUGUGUAUCUUGGUUCUAAAAGCGUAAGCAAAAAUGGCGAAGUCACAUUGUCUCUUGAAAAGAGAGAAUUCCCCACGUAUAUGGAGUCAGAGGCCGUGGAUGUAUUCUCUCCAAAACGCAGGAGGGAAACAAUUACUUCGGAAUCUAAAAGUGAGAAGUGCCGAAUGGACACUUGUUUUGAUUUCACCCGGUGUCUUAGGGGGUUCAAAGUGUAUGUUUACCCCGUGCAGGAGAGGGUGUCGGAAAGUUACACCAAAAUUAUCAACAGUAUUCAGGAGUCUAAGUACUAUACCACAAAUCCGGACGAAGCUUGUAUAUUCAUAUUGUCCAUAGAUACCCUGGAUAGGGAUCAGCUAAGUGUUAAUUAUGCAAAAAACAUUGGGUCCAAAAUUGCCCAGUUGGGGCAUCUGUGGAACAAUGGUAGAAAUCACGUUAUAUUUAAUUUAUUUUCAGGCACUUGGCCUGAUUAUUCAGAGGUGCUUGACUUUGAUACUGGCGAGGCCAUCAUGGCUCGAGCUAGUAUAUCAGAAUCGCGAUUUAGACCAAAUUUUGAUAUAUCCCUUCCAUUAGUUGGUAGUGCUCACCCUGAAAAAGGAGGAGAAAGGGGCUACGUUUACACAUCAAUUAACAACAUUCCACCUUUACGGCAUUAUUUGUUAGGUUUCAAAGGCAAACGUUACUUAGUGGGAGUCGGGUCUGAAACUCGGAACUCUUUAUACCACAUGCAUAAUGGAGACGAUAUAGUGCUUUUAACAACUUGCAGGCAUGGGAAAUUUUGGCAGAAAAAAGCCAGAGAAUUAAAUGACACCAGAUGUGCGGAAGACAACAGAGAAUUUGAUAGGUAUGAUUACAAAAAGCUGCUCUACAACGCCACCUUCUGCCUGGUGCCCAGGGGUCGACGUCUGGGGUCAUUCCGGUUUCUUGAGGCCCUUCAGGCGGGCUGUAUCCCGGUCCUUUUAAGUAACGGCUGGGAACUGCCGUUUGCUGAGGUAAUUGAUUGGCGACAGGCGGCAGUGUGGGCAGAUGAAAGACUCCUAUUUCAGGUUCCCUCACUUGUCCACAGUCUGUCACAACCAGCUAUUUUUGCCAUGCGGCAACAGACCCAGUUCCUGUGGGAAGCUUACUUCUCUUCUAUGGACAAAAUCAUCCACACAGUUCUAGAGAUAGUGAAAGACCGAGUGAGGAGCUUCUUUUCACGGAAUUCCGUUCAUUGGAACAAUUUUCCUGGUGCUUUAAACCUUCUUCCGGAAUACUCAGAUGUGCUUCAUACAUAUCCCUCAUUUUACAGACAGUAUGCGUACAAAUCUAACAACCAGUUUACAGUGGUUGUGUACGCCACUUCCCCGGUGCUCCUGUCGUCUGCUCCGCUGUUCCGGUUGAUCCGGACGGUAGCCAAGUCUCCUUUUGUACAGAAGAUUGUGGUAAUCUGGAACUGUGACACCCCUCCACCCCCCUCCUACCAGUGGCCAGCUGACCUUGGUAUUCCUAUACUAGUCAAAACCAAAAUCCAGAAGUCUGUGAGUGCUCGGUUUUAUCCCUAUGAAGAAAUAGAGACAGAUGCUGUGUUCAAUUUAGAUGAGGACUCUCUUAUGACCACAGAUGAGAUCAAUUUUGCCUUCAAAGUUUGGAAAGAAUUUCCCGAGCGGAUCGUUGGAUAUCCGGCUAGGAACCAUUACUGGGACGAGGCCAAGAACACAUGGAGCUACACCUCCAAAUGGCUGAACGAGUACUCCAUGAUUCUUACUAGUGGUGCUAUUUAUAAUAGGUACUAUAACUUCUUGUAUACUAACACCUUACGACCCGCCGCCUUACAAGUUGUGGAGAAACUACAGAACUGUGAGGAUAUUCUAAUGAACUUCAUAGUCAGUGAUGUCACAAAACUUCCACCAAUCAAAGUCACUCACCGCAAGGUUGCCAAGGAAACCAUGCUGCCUGGCAAAUCUUUGGCCAAUUGGUCAACCAAUGAAGUCCGGUUCAAACAGCGACAGUCAUGUAUUUCAUCCUUUGUGGAAAUUUUUGGAUACAUGCCCUUAGUUCGCUCCAAGUCCCGAAUGGAUCCAGUGCUUUGGAAAGACCCCGUCUCUAACUUAAGGAAAAAAUACCACCAACUGGAAGUGAUAUGAUCAUUUAAAAGUAUUUCUUUAGAAAUUUUUUUAGGUAGAUUUGUACUUAUUUACAUGUUGAUAUGUUUUUGACAUGAAUUUUAGAAUUGUAGGAAGUAUACAGUUCAUUUGCAAUAUGCAAUUUUUAAUUAUUUUAAGAAUCAAUUGAUGAAUUGUUAUGGAAUUUAUUGUAUAUUUCUAUAAUGCAUCAUCUGAUGAUGGUGAAAAUAUGUAUGUAUAAUACGAUGUAUUAAUUUAUGAUUAUUUGUAUUAUAAAAUAUCAAAUACAUGGAAACAGAUGAAAAUUUUUAUAAUCCAUUUUAUAUAUUUUACAAAUGCUUACUGGAUUUGCAUUUAUUUAUUUUUGCUGCAUCAGUUAAAUGUAUGAGUUUUCAGAGUUUGGAAAUGUGAAUCAUUGAAUGAGAUAUUUAUAUCAGUGUUUCAUCAUGUGUGAAAUGGUCAUAAAGUUAAAAAAAAAAACAUAAAUAUUAAUGGAUAAAUAUAUAGAUGUACAUUCUAAAUAUAAGCUAAUUUGCUGUUUUCGUUGUCAUAAAACUAAAAAUAGAUGUUUAUUUAAGCCAUAUACUAUAUUCAGAUUAGCUUUGAAUUUGAUUUACAUAGAGGAAAAAUAACUUAGUAAGAUAUCAUCUCAUUUAAUGUAUCAGGUUUUUAACUAGAAGUUAGGCAUUUAAAAUAUGGAACAUUGACUAUACAUAAUUUAUUCAGGAGUUCUCUUGAAAAGACUUGAUCUCUGCUGAAAUUUGUCAUCAUCCAUAACAAAGAUUUUCAUUCCUUGAAAUUUUAUAUACUUUUGUGUCUCUAUUGGUUAUGUGUAUCCUAGAAUGCUACUACUGAUCAUAGACUCUAAAAGAGAGAGAGAAAAUGAGUCUUACUGGAUAUUCUGGGAGGCAUGUAUAUUUAUCAUGUGCAAUACUGGCAUAAUUUGGCAUAAUUUUAUGUUUUUAGAUGUGUACAUAAAUAGUCAGUCAGCUUUACAGAACAAAUCUUUGUAGACUUUGCAUGCAUUAUUUUAUCUUUUUGUUCUUUAAAAUACAUAUAUUUCUAGUAAGGAUCACCAGAAAUUUUUAGUACACCUAUAUCCUCUGAUUUUUCGGUAGAUUUUUGUUUAAAGUUGAGUUUAUAUAUGAAUGUACUUUAAGCUACCGAUGUUUUACCACCAUAAAUGCAUAUAUUAAUUGAUUGAGGAUCACCCAAGAAGUGAAAUCAUGUGAUACUGUAUUUAUAGUACUCAAGAUCUAUUAAUAUCAUGAAUCUACCUACAUUGUGAUAAGAAUGGAUCUUUAAAUAUUUCUCUAAAAAAUUAAAUUAGAAGAAAAAUUUCAAACAAAGCAUGGGUAUUGUAUCUGUGGGAUUUAUUUUGAAAACAUUAAAGCAUAAAGUAGUGGGAAUUGUGUUUAAAACAAUAAUGGUUGCAAAAGAUAUUCUUUUUGAGUAUCUAAUUUCCUAGCACAAUAUAAUACUAUUGUUAAAGUUACUGCAGCUUGAAUUUCAAACAUGAAUACUUACCAGAAGUUCAAAUGUUUUAGUUCUUUAAGAGUUCAUUAUAAACUGAUGUAAAUUUUGUUAUCAUUAAUUCUUCAGGAGACAGAAUCAUUUUGCUUCAUCCUUAAACUUGCUAUACAUUAAAAUGUUACCAAAAUGUUGCGAAGAACUUGGUCAGUUCACUUUAUCUGUAAAUUUACUUAUCCGUGUUCAUAUAAAUAAAUUUAAUUUAUUCAAAGUAUAUACACAUAAAAUUUGGGAGAUUGCCUUACAGUACAUUAUCAAAACAAUAGGCAUAUUGUCAUUAUUUAUAUGCAUGGUUUUUUUUCCCAACAACAUAAAAUAUUGCAUAAAUGUAGAAAAACAAAUUUGGUAUUUCAUUCCUAGAUAUCACUAAUUGUGAUCAGUUCAACAUUGUACAUGACAAACUGAACAGUGCUGUAUAAAACACAAACCCCAAAUUUUAAAAGGUUGUAGUCCUUGAAUUUUAUGAAGAAUAAAUCUUGUGCCAAAACUUAUGUACAUAUAACAGAGGAACUUGUUUUCUUAAUUAUUGCCACAUCUUACAUUUUUAUUAUGUUAAUGCUUGCAAGAUGAAGAAUCAUACAAUUUAACAGGAGUGAUUAAUAUUUAGAGCUUUUGCUUCAGGACAAUGCCAGAUGUUUGGGACACUCAUUCAAAUGGCAAACUUUGUGUUGUACUGUUUUUAAUAUGAAGUAUGUGCUUUGACAAGUAGACAAGAUGAUGCCUUUUCAAUUAAUGAAAAAAAGUUGUCUAUUUCUUACCUUGAUUCCCAUUGGUAAUUAUGGCACGCAAUUGUGCAGAGCCUUUGUGAAGUCUGCAGAGGCCUGCCUUAUAGCUUGGAUUUAACAGCUAUUAUAUUGUUAUAGGACAGUAAAUUUAGUUUUACAAGAAAUUUUGUAAUUUUGAGAAUGAAUUUUGUCAAAUACUGAUGUAUGAAAUAUGUUAAUAAUAUAGUUCAGUAAGGGAAUAUUUUCAAGUAUAAGAUUUUCAACGGCUGUGUUUUUCGCUUUACUGGCCAGAGACCAGGAACACUAUUGCAAAAGAAAAGUGUGCAUCAUCAUCUAUUUAAAUGUUUGUCUGAAAACAAUGUUUCAAAAUGCUUCUUCUAAUGUUUUGGUCCGAUUUCAAUAUAACAGUACACAAGCAGAUUAACGCUGAAGAAACUAAAUUCUGUUCAUCAGUUGUUUAAUUUUGAUAAACAGUGUAGCAAUUUUUACUUAAAGAAAAAAAAAAGAAAUUCUCAUAAAUUUCUUUCGGAAAGCAAUUUCUCAGGCAUAGUGGACUUGAACCUAUACAAAAAAAGACUAAACCAGGAUCAAAUAUUACAAUAGUUUCAAGUUUCUUUUGUUCUAAUAGAGACCUGGUGUUUAUAUGCUUUAUAAGUUAGGAUUGAUAGAUUGUGAUGCAAACUUGCAUUUGAAAUUUUCAUGACAUUUCUUGAUUGUCAAGGAAUAUCCCUCAUAUAUUUUGUUAUCACUAUAUUUUGAUUAAAUCACACUUUCUAAGAA